CUUGAACAAACUCCAGUUUUAUCAAGCUCUUUGAUCAACGAUGAAGCUCUUUGUUCCACUAAUUGUUCCACUGUGGGCUCUGUUCUCCCUAGCCCAGCAGGCAGCGCCAAGUAAAAGCUGCAAAUGUGAGCUGAAUCCAACAGAAAAGGCUUUUCCUCACGACAAACUCCAAACAGCGGAAGGCAAUGCGACAGACUGCAACACCCACAUCACACCACAGAAGGCUCUGGAACUGGAGAGUCUGCUGCUGGGACUGGAGAAACGCCUGACCCAGCUGCACAGUGACGUGUCUGUCCUGGAGGAGGAGGACGAUGGAGAGCUGUAUGGUGUUCUCAGUCUGUUCGUUAUAGAGAACGAAAUGGUUGAGAUCAGGCAGCUGAUGGACAAGCUCAACAGCACCACUGUGGAACACCAAGUCCUCACCGCUGACACCGCUCAACAGCUUGAGGAGUUAAAAACUGAAAUGAUAAAACUGGAGAAAUUUGACACCAUGGAGGUGGUGAAGGGACGACAAGUCAACAGGCACCUGAAGAGCGCCCUGGAAACAUGCAGGAUCGGAGUUAAUGCCACUGUCGCACCCACCCAACCACCAUAUGGUACCUGUCAACGCGGUCCACUUCGGAGCAUUACCGGGCCUGGUGUGAACACACAAGGAGAGUUCUCUGGCAAUUAUGCAUACGGAGCUUGGGGUCGCGAUCCCAAACCAGAAAUGAGGAAGGAGAAUUGGUACUGGAUGGUACCGCUGACUUCCAGCCAGUACGCUAACUAUAUCCGUUUCUACUCCAGUCUUAGCACCCUCAUCAUUGGGGUGAGCACUCCAGGCAACAUUCAGAUCGCUUCCUCUAACCCAACCACCAACACCAUUCAGGGUCCCAAUAAUGUUUUGUAUGGAAGUGCCUUGUACUACAACUGUUACAACCGAGAUGCUGUUUGUCGAUUCAACCUCACCAGCAAAAGUGUAACCAGCGUACAACUACCAAAAGGAACCAGGUAUAACUCGAAGAGUAAUUUCUGCCACCUUGAAGACUGCUACCUCUACACUGACCUGGACCUGGCCACAGAUGAGUCAGGCGUUUGGGUUGUCUACACCACCACCGAGGCAUUAGGCAAUCUGGUUCUGACCAAGGUGGAGGAGACUGAGCCGCCGACACUCAGUAAAACAUGGCACACUUCAGUCUACAAGCGAAGUGUGACCAACACCUUCAUGGCCUGCGGCGUCCUCUACGCAACACGCUACAUCGACACAAAUGUGGAGGAAGUGUUUUAUUCUUUUGACACCACGACAGGGAUGGAGAACUUCAAAGUUAACAUCUUCAUAAACAAGGUGUCUCCUAACAUUUUCUCCUUGAACUACAACCCAGUGGACCAGAUGCUGUACGCAUACAGUAAUGCUAAAAUGGUCUCCUACAAGGCUUUGUUUGGGUACUCUGAUCGUUAUUUUUCAUAGGAGUGACAAUUAAUGGUACUCGCUGUAUAAUCAUUUGACAUGAUAGUAUCAUCAUGGUGUUAGAUUAACGUUUAAGCAUUGUCCUUUUUCUUUAGUCAUGAAAAUUUCAGAUGCAACAAGUUUCCUAUGAAAGACAGCAUAUUCUCAAAACGUUUCUGCAUGACUUUAGUGUUAUUAUUGCAGCAGUGCUGUCGUUGAAGUAGAAGUUGAUUGUAAAGAGGCACAUUCGACUUUUGUUAGUUAGAUAAUUAAUCAACUACAGUUAAAAAAUAAAAUUACUCGGCUUGUUCAAAUGCACGCUGGAUUGUGAUAAAUAUGGAAAAUCCUUUUAUUAAGUUUAUAAGAUAAUACUUUUGAAACAACAAGAAGCCAUAAUGUCUCCUUUUACUUCCUCGUAGUACAGUAGAUUCUUAAUAGUAGCGGGGAUUAGUAACCAAAACCUAACUUUAAAAUUAUUAUAACUGCGUACUUUACUAGUACAAUCACCAAAUAUACCUAGAUAUGCAAUAAUACAUACAGUGGAAACCAAAAGAAAGAAGGGUUCAGUUUCAGGGUUAAGAAAAUUUGCAAUAAUGACAAUUAAGGUUAAAAUUAAGAAAAAAAAAUGCAGUUUGCCUAUGAAAGUAUGGUAUUUUCUAUUUACAAAUCUAAAGAAUUACAUCAUGUUGCUAUUUUGUUUAACUCUCUUCAACACUGUAUGUGGGAAGUGAUGUUUAUAGGGUUAGAAAUUUCUCAAGUUGCUUUUCUUCUCCAAAGAUAAAUCUGAUUUUCUAGCUGUUUGUUUAGUGAUCAUUCAAAAUGUUAUGACUAAUUUACCCUAUUUUCAUACUAAAUUUUGAACCUCCUUAAAGUUGGGGUAGGUAACUGUUAUAAAACAUGUAAAACUGUCAUUAUGCUAUGACGGUAUAUAUGAUGGAUAUGUGAAAAAAAUCAAGUGUGAUUGAUAGUGAAAGUAAAACUCUCCUCCUGUCUCUGAUUGUCUUUUUCCAGCAGAUCAUCUGACUCUUACAAAUAUGUUAAAAACAUUUUUCAUAAAAGUUAUCUACUGAAACAUUAACAGCAAAAAAAUAUAUUUAAAAACAUAUUUUGUUGUAAACAAGAUUUAAGAGAGUAAAUGU